GUCAAUAACUGACGUCACAAAUAUGGUUUUAUAUUCUAUAACUUGAACUCUUGAUCAUUAUAACAUUUUGUUUUAUGAAUCCAAGUUAUGAAGUUAUUGGUUAUUCCAUUCGUUUGUGCAGCGUUGUUGUCUGAAGCAGAAGCUGAUGUCUGUAAUGAUAGAUGUACAUUGACUCAGGUGUGCGGGAGUGAUGGGAAAUGCUUUGAACGCUCGCACUAUGUAAAAUGCCCCUCGUGGGGAAAAGCACAGGAAUAUUACUGUAAAAUAGGCCUUGCUGAGUGUUGCGAUAGUAAAUGUAUGCCAUUUGGGUCAGUGUGUUGUGGUAAUGACGAAUAUUGUCAGAAGGGAUAUACAUGUUGUAAAGGAGAUCAUUGUUGCCCACCUGGAUCAUACUGCAAUAAUGUUAAUUCGUGCAGCAAAAAAUCGAGCUUUUUUUGGUGGCAUGGUGUCAUAAUCAUAGUGGCAGUUGCAGUAUUUGUCGUCGUUUUUGCUGUCAUAUGGAGACAAAGACGUUCAAGGUUCAUAGCGAAUAAUCAGCCUAGUGGAGUUGUUAUGGUAAAUAACCCAGGACAUACCAUGAUGCAAUCUACAAAUGUUGUCGGACAACCACAAAACGUUGCUUUUGUUCUAGCAAAGUGAAUAGACAAGUUAUAUUAACACGCUAGUGGCAACGCUUAUCACAACAUCUAUGUUUUAAACAUCUUGACAAUGCUAGUCGGAGUCCUGUUAUAAUUGUCUGAUCAGAAAACUUGCUAUACAUUCACUAUUACAUUGUUUCAAGGACGACAUCAUUAUACGUCAACAUUUAUUAUGCGUGAUAUACGUUUCGUUGCUGAGUAUUCAUACAGAAUUGUAUUUCAUUUCACUCAUUCUGAAAGGGAUUGGCCUACAUUUGACACAUUUUCCAUAAGAAUUUCAAACAUUGAUAGAAAUAAAAGAAAUGUACUAUGUAUAUGUUAGUGUUCAUCCGUGCUGUUCUACAGAAAAAGAAACUUCGCCGGGAGCGAUAGCGACAGGAGAAUGUUUCUAAUUUCUGUAGAACAUCUAAGGAUGAACACUAACAUAUUUAGUGUCAAGCUUUAUUUGGCCCGUGAUUACGACACUACCACUAUGAAAAAUAGAAAGCGACUAUGAACGGAUUUCAAUAUAGUAUCGGCUUUUUUUCUUCUAUGAAAGUUAACACACAUAAUUUUUAAGAAAUACAGCGUUUUCAUUGGAUGACAAAUAAAGCUGGACACUAAACAGUAUAUUUAGAUAUUCUUAUAAAACAUUCUUGGAAAAUAAAUUUGAUAGAGUUAAAAGCGAUUAAGUAUGAAUAAUUAUAAAUGUAAUGAUACUAUUUUAUUCUGUAACAAUUUAUUAUUUGCUAUAUACAUGUUUAAAUAUGUAAUGUCAUGUAGCUAACACUUAUAAACAAUAUUCUUAUAAAUUA